AUGCGUUCUUCCAGAUAUGUCGCGUUGUUUGCCGGCGCUGCCAUCGCGCAGGAGUCUGCGACGAUUCUCAACUUCUUCCAGUUCGAUAGCACCCUCACCGUGCUAGGUUCCGACGCAAGCGCGACAACCUACCAGAACAGCUGCCCCUCAGACGGAGCUGGUAUCUCUGCGGUGCCGUCCGAUAUGCUAAGCAACCCCUCUGACCCUGAUGCGACUCCAACGCCUACACCCGCGCCUCGUAUGCGCCGUCAGGACGAUGCUUCCAGCGAGGACUACUCCUUCUGCGAGCCCUACACCAUCCUACAAGGUCCUGAGACGUAUGAGAUGCAUCUCACGGAUCCGACGCCAGGUGCAUGGACUGUGGACAUGGCCUGCAGUUGGCAAGGCGCGAUGACAACAGCAGACUUAACCUGCGAUGUUACCAAUCGUGGAUCCAUUCCGAGCUUGGGCACUGAAACUGCUACAUCGAGCGUCCUGUCGCAGAGCGAAAUACAGGAUUUGGAGGUGUACCAGGUGGUGGCCUUGGUGACUGCAAGCGGUGCGUCUUCACCAGGAUCGGCUUCAGCAACUGGAACUCCGUCACCUACUAGCCUAGGAACAGUAGCGACAUCGCCUUCGAGGUCUGGAUCAGGUGCCGUCGCGACGCCGAGCACUGGUCUUGCACCUGCUGGAUCAAUUCCAAAUGCGAUGGCUUUGAUAGGAGGUGCUGUGGGUGCUUUUGCCGCAGCCAUGGCUGUUUGA